UUGUGGUCAUGGCCGAGGCUUUACCGUGGUCGAUGGCCGAUGGCCGCAACAUCGACAGUGGUUUGCGUGAGCAUGCGAUUCAGUUCUGGGCCUUGCCGUCCCCUCCUCCACGUUUACCCGACGUUGGUCAGCGUGUUGUCCUACGAAAAAGGACUUUGGCCGUGUCGCCGUUCUCCAUCCUCCUCCUCCUCCUUCUCCUUCUUCCUUCUUCGCUUUCCCCAGAUCGCUAUUCCCUUCCCCCGACCUCCGCUUACAAUGGACCAUUUUUAAUAUUUGCACAUCCGCCGCGAAGCCCGCCGCGCUUCACUUCUCGUACCGACAAAUACCCCGGCAUACAUAGCCAUCGCAGCCCCCUCUCCCCCUCUACCCACCCACGGCCACCUUCUCACACAGUACAACAUAAUGCACAUACCAAGUUUAGCAAGGGCGGCCAGAAUCAUCCUGGUAGGCGCGCCCGGUGUUGGCAAGGGCACUCAGACGGAGCGCUUGAUGACCAAAUUCUCUCAACUGUCGGCAAUCAGUUCUGGCGACCUGCUGAGGAAGAAUGUGAGGGAGCGGACUCCUCUCGGCAUCAAGGCCGAGUCGACCAUGAAGUCCGGAAAGCUGGUGCCAGACACAAUGAUCCUGCGCCUGAUUGUGAAUGAACUGACGACGCGGGGAUGGAUACGGGACAAUGCGCUGCGACCAUAUGCCCUCAACUUCAGUUCCAUGGACAUGGCCGACACUACAGUUGACUCGGUCAUGAUUCCGUCCGAGGUGCGGGCCCCGCGCUACACCUUCUCCAACCACCCCUCGGCAUCUUUCAUCCUCGACGGCUUCCCACGCACUGCUGCCCAGGCGAUUCAACUCGACAACAUUGUGCCCAUCAACAUGGUCGUCCAUCUCAACACGCCUAGUGACAUCAUCAUCGACCGCAUCUGCAAUCGCUGGGUGCACGAACCCUCGGGGCGCGUUUACAACACUACGUUUAAUGCGCCAAAGGUGCCGGGCAAAGACGAUGUCACGGGUGAACCGCUUACGCGACGCGCAGACGACGACCCAGAGGUGUGGAAGGCGCGUCUCCAGAGCUUCAAGGAAACCAGCGAGCCUCUGCUUGAGCACUACGACAAGCUGGGCGUGCUGUGGACCGUGAAUGGAAACAGCAGCGAUGAGAUAUCCCCCAAGCUCUUCAACGAGUUUGGCAAGCGCUUCGGUGCUGAGCAGUAAUGUGUACGCACUAAUGGGCUUGAGUUACGAGUGUUUGAUUAUGUCACGAUGAUACCGUUACACUUUUCUGGUUUACAGACCAAGGGUUUAGGGUGGCCUUCUGUAUUAAGCAUGAAUGUAUCUGACCAUGCACGCGACAAGGGAGCGCGUUUGCUUGGAUAAGUUGCGUAUUCCGCAUUCACUGUAGAUAUUCACCGACUGUGGUAUGAUUGCAGGCCUGUUUGCACUUAGCUGAGCAGGAACGAUUGAUACUUGCACACCAAAUACGCUCGUUGAGCCUUUGAAUACAGACCUUGUGACCACA